GUGGUAGAUUUUACCCCUACAAAACCAGAAAACUUCUCCGAUCCAUCAUGAACACCACCACUACAAACAUCCUUUUUUAUCUUUUGUUUUUUUCUAAUAAAAUACAUAUCUUCUUAAACUUCCAGUUCUUGUCUAGAGCUUUUAAAUAUACUACGGUAUUUCUCGAGUAUAGUACAUCGCAGAAAACGCAGAAACAUCCUUCCAAAAAUACCCCAAAAAUAUCCCAUACGCAUGCUCAUAUUAAACCCUUAUCGGAUCGUUAUUUGACGCCUGUGAGCCUGUGGGAUGUUAUGCCAUUUGACGUUUCCCCUUUUUUGUUGUUCAACGCUUGUUUAUGUUUAGCAUUGUAUUUGCUUCGCCGCGGUUAACAUUUUCAGUGGUUUGAUUUAGUUUAGUUUCGCACAGUUUAUUCCAAACACCGACCGCUGCAAUGGCAGCAAACGCUCCAGAUAAAGAAUCCGUACUGAAAAAACGCAUUUUGCCCCGCGGCCUACAGAAGCUCAUCGAGCAAUGUUUGAAGAUCUAUCCCGACCAAACGAAUCCGCUGCAGGUGACGACCGUCCUGAAGUACUGGCUCGGUGGAUUAGAUCCUUUGGAUUACAUUAGCAUGUAUCACAAUGAGGGCGAUCCGGAGCAAAACAUCCCACCGCACUGGCACUACGUCAGCUUCGGGCUGUCGGAUCUGCACGGUGAUGGGCGUGUGCAUCUGGCGGACACAUCCGGUGGUUUGGAACCACGUUCGGGGAUGGGAUUCGAGCUAACGUUUCGACUGGUCAAAGCUCCCGACGCACCCGCCAACGAGCGACCCCCAACCUGGCCCGCCAACCUGCUGCAAUCGUUGGCAAAGUACGUAUUUCAGUCGGGCAAUCGGCUCUGCACCGGCGACAACAUACCCUGGCGACGGUCGCUCGACGGCAGCAAGGACACUAGCACGGCCAUUCAGCAUAUGCUCAUAGCGGAAGAUCCACAGCUUCCCCGUACGGAAACACCGUUCGGAUGGGUGGACUUCCUGCAGAUCGUAGGCGUUACGGGCGAGGAACUCGAGCAGGCUUCACGCUGGAACGGGAAGGGCAUGCUGAAUCUGCUAACGAAGGAUCCCGCUACCGGUGGUCCGUGGCUGAUCACGGACAUGGCGCGUGCGAGCAGUGUGUUCGAACAGUUUCCCGAAACGCUACGCCAGCUCGAGCUCGACCUGGAAAAGGAAGGAUCCGAUCUGGCCGGUGUUAAUGCCGACUUUACCUUCAAGGAGCUGGCGAAGGGGGCGCUUACGGCAGCCAUCAAGCAGGAGGUACUCGAUCCCGACGAAGAGCUAUCCCGUUCCAUCUCCACCUGCAAUAUCGCCGUGAAGCAGGAAUCGAACGAAGACGCGCUAGAACGGUCCACCGGCUCGACGUCGUCCGAUAUGGUUAACCCGUUCGACAAUCCGAACAUUCCGUCACGCGUCUUUCCACUGACCGGGAUCGAGCUGACGCUGGCACCGUACGCGGCCAAGUUUCUUAUGCUGGCGGUGCGCGAUCGGAUCCGGCACGGGCGUCACUUCACCUUCAAGGCGCAACACAUGGCCGUCACGUUCGUCGCUGAAUCGGUCACUGGAUCGAUCGUGAACCGCCAAACGCCGUACGCCGUGCUGGGCAGCUGGGUGCAGAUACUUAUCCCGAACCGGCUGGUACCGCGCAUGGUGGACAGCUUCGGUGAGCUGAGCACGCGCAGUGUGGACAGUUUGAAAAUUCCACUCACCUACGAGUGGCCGGAACAGAAUCUCAAGUUCAUUAUAGACAAUCCGCCACCGGAGCUGCUGAACCAGCAGGGUCCGAUACUGGCGUGAGUUGCGCGCGCCGACGCCAUUUUCUCGUGCAAAUGGGUAUUAUUACUUACAAGUGCCUUGAUAUUGCUGCCCACCCAUCUGGCCGGGGACCACCGACCGGGUGUGGCAGGCGGCUUUAGGCUUAGGUUUCGUACAAGUGUAACUCUAUUUUUUGACUCACUUUUAACAAAAUAAAGCUCAUAACUUCUCCCUAAAUUUGAUCAACGUUCAGUGCGGGCCCUUAAGCAUGUCUCUGGAACU